CGUUCGGAAGACGUUCACCAGCUGCCCCCAGCUCCUCCUUCACCCGCCGCGCCAGCCUCGCCCGGAAGAGCACUAUUGGCGCCGUCUGUACCGCGAACUAUCAUGCCCCACCACUGUCCUCAACCACGUCACGGAUCCUGUGGGAAGCUCCGCUAAUGGUUUCGGAACCCACACUGAAUACAUCCGGACGGACAAACCCUCGUCAACAUCAUGGGGGAGGCAUGGCGUUGUUUGAUCGCUACCGACCUCGACAACUGCACCUACAUGCUUCACAACUCCGGCGAGAACCGCGUUUAUGAUCCCGUCGCUUCCGAUCCUCUCCAGCACGCCACAUAUGGUCCCUACCUGGCACUCUGUUUACAAUCGACACCCAACCCCACGAUUUCACUGCGCUGCUGUUUGUUUCAUGAUGAGGAGGGUCCACUGAUCUUGUUGCAGCCGCCUUUCCUGAAGUACGACCCUUUCAUCCGGCUGGCCACUGCUAAAGGCUAUGUUGUCGGUCUCACCGAGGAUGGCAUCCCCUAUCUGUGGCAAGACGUCGACAUCCGUCUUGGCAUAUACCAGACGACCUCGCCCAAAACUGUUCCGUCUUACUUUCCCCCUCCGUCACGCCUUCCAAAACGUGCGGGCCUCACUCAACUCGUUGCGUCUGUAGCUAGGUACUCGGGUCUUGACAGCCUCGUUCUCUGUGCUCUCACCACCGAAAAUCGACUCAUGGUGUAUCGCCGGGGGCUAGAUGAGGACUGGUGCUGCAUCAGAAAUGUACUCGGCCGACGUCACAGCUCUCGACAUCGGCAUCACCGUGUGCAUCCCCUACAUCGCGUAUCUGCAGGACGGCACUCCGAUUCUCUUAAAGAUUGAACGAGACCGUUGCGUCCAGUAUCCCGUUCACAUGCCCCUCGGAGUUCCCAGGAUGUUGCCUCUAUCUGCCAGGAUCUUUGACGACCAUUUCGACCCUUACGUCGCUCUCCUCGGCGACGAUUGCAACGCGUACGAG